CAGUCUGUCCAACCUCGAUAUCUUGCUUUGGUGCGUCCAACUCUACACUUUUCUUCAUUCUUUCAUGUCUCGAUUCUUUCUAUUAUUUCAUAUUGCAAGAUCAAUUAGCAUCAAUCAUUCUAGUUCUGCUCCACGACUCGAAUUUCCACGCAUUCCAGCAGCGAGCAAGCUUUAGAAACCUCUGGAUCCUGAAACACACAACAGUCACUCCAGUGGACUCUGUCUUGUACAGAUCCACAUAAGCUCCAAAAAUGUCAACAAAGCCCCAAUCACCCGACCCAUCAACCGCACUAGCAAAACAAUCUCGCUCUCGUAAAGCCGCAAAUCCAGAUCCAACAACCGCAGGCCGCCCAGGCUCAGCAGGCGGCGUCGUCCUCGAGAAAGAAGCUGCAAAGAAGUCGUCACCGAGUCAACCCAAAGACCAAUCUAAAGAUGCACCGCCGAAACGCAAACCCCGCAAACUCAACAAGGAACCGACAUCCACACCUACCGCUCUUACAUCGAGUCUAUCGAACGAAGCCGCCGAACUCGAAGCGCUGAAGUCGCGCGUCAGAGGGCUCGAAGCGAAGGUCGAGGAUCUAUACAAAUCCACGCCAUCGGCUGGGAGUGCUGCACCACGGUCUCCACGCCGCAGGGGCAAGGGAAGGAAGAAUUCGAGCACGACAACAACAGCCACACUCGGCAACCUCUCGCGCCAGAAAGAAGACCAACAAGCCCAGGUUACAGAGCUAGAUGAUGAGGACGCAGAUGAAGAGCUGGUUAGGCUGGAGAGCGAGCUUGAGGUUGCGAGGCAGGAUCUCGCUCUGUACAAUCCCACCGCACAAUCGAGGCCCCGCGCGCGCCGCUCAGCGUCCGAAGAUACGGAAUAUGUGGAAGAGAUACCGAGAGACAGGCCUGGCGUGAGCGUCGGCAGUGACAGACAAGUCACUCUCUCAGGCAGUUAUAGGAUUCCGCUCCCCGCGAACCUGAACCCCGAGGAUGUCAAGACGAUUCAGAGCGGUGUGAGCGCGGCGCAGAACGUCGCGCGUUCGUUCCUCGAUCAGCGAAGAGCGAACCAGGCGCUGAGGAAUGCGCGGGAGGAUGCUGGACCGCCGCCAACUGCAAAGGCGAAAGCAAAGGCGCCAUCAAAAGCUCCUCCAGCGUCGAUGGAGGUUUCUGCGGUAGAGGAAGGAGGGGGUGGUAAGCAGAGCUGGGGCGAGUGGAUUGGCGGGUAUAGUAUGGCGAUUAGUCGGGCGGUGAAGAACAUCGAGCAUGAAGCUGCUAUGGAGGCGCAGAGCGCUGAGUCGCAAAGGCCUGGUCAGACGAGUAGGUCAAAAGCGACGGGCGCAAAGAAGAAGAAGGAGAGGCCGGCUGCGAAGACGACACUGAGUGGGGAGCAGGUCCAGGGGCUGAUGAGCUGAAGCUGGAGCCGAACGUACUUGGGGGAAGGAGGGAGUGGAAGGUAACAUAGCACAGGCAUAGCACAGCAUAGCACAGGCA